AUGCCUCAGAUUAGGAAAAACUUGCCAGUUUUCUAUCCGCGCACCUCAGGGCUCUCUGAAGGCUCAGCGUGCACAACAGAUGACGAGGCCUUCACGGACAGGUCUUAUCCCCGCCUCAGGUACCAUACCGAAUGCGCAUUCAGAUGCGAUGACUGGUCAGGAACAAGGCAUGGAGCAACGGUCGAACCGGGCUUCUCCUGGCUGGGACCCGAAAAUUUCUCGUUUUUGGACAACAUCUCUCCUUAUAGCAACUUCUGCACCCCAAGGAACGAAAAUUCACUGAACAGUGUCGUAAGCAAUGUUGGUGGCGCUUUGUUCUCGCCCAGCUCCUCCACGAGUAUUAGAAACUACGAGCAGAAGGGAACGCAAGUAACAGUGACAUCUCCGAUUCAACAAUUGGCAAGCCUUAGUGUGGCAAUGUAUGAGUAUGCCUCUAAUCUCCCAUCAAGAUGUGAAGCGAGAGCUGGCAAACCAACACGCUUUGUCUUUGAGGACCUCUUCCAUCUCACUCUUGAGCUCAUAAAUCUAUUCUACCACCUUGCACAUGCUGCGAGAAUGUGUGAGGCAUGCCUCAGUGUCUCGCGCGGACAGAGAUUGGGGUAUCGUUCUCCCGCGGCUGCAAGUCGGAGGAUGCGAGGUGUCUCCGCCACUGUACAUAGAUAUGAACAUACGUCCUUCUCGGACAAUGGCACCGAUAUAUCUGCGCAUGGUUUUAAUGGUCUCAUGGAAGCUUUGGGCCCAGCUGGCAGAAACAACAAUGACAGAAAGGCAAAAUCAGUCCCAUCCGCGCUCAAAUCCAUCGGGUCCCUUAGCAGAUUCGCUGUGGAACAGCCUCAUGGAUAG